AGAAUUUUACAAUUCACUUCUACCAAAAAGAUGGCUAAUACCGGACACAUUUUUAUUAGCUGGGCAGGUGUGUGCAGCUUCAGUAAACAAUAUAUGGUACCGCGCUGAAGUGAUUGAUAGAAUUAAUAAAAAUAUAAUAAAGGUGUAUUGUGUUGAUUACGGACUAAUAUUAACUGUUCCUGCUUAUUGCUUAAAAUUUUUAAUAUCAAUUUUUGCUGCACUACCAAAACAAGGAAUUCGAGGAUGUUUAUCACAAAUCCAACCAAAAGGACAGUACUGGGAUAUAGGUGCAAAGGAAUAUUUCAUUUCAAAAACAAUUUCGAAAUUAAUUUUUGCUCAAAUAUCAAAAAUAAAUAAACAGGACCGAGUUUACCAUUUAGCGCUUUGUGAUACCAGUACAAAUAAACCAUUUCAAAUUAAUAAGGCACUUGUUACAAAGGGUUUUGCUGAAUUCGAACUUAAUACGGAAUUCCUUACAACUUAACAUGCCUUGUAAAAGUAUUGGAGGGGGACAUCAGGUGUGUAACCAGCUAGUUUGGAUGGAUAUAUAUGCGAUGUGCGUAAUUCUUUGUAAUAGGAAAUAUUUCUUCCUUGAUUGUCGGAACACGUAAUUGUUUAUGCAGCUGUUCAUUCGUUACAUACCAAGGUGCAUUUGUGAUCAUUCGUAGUGUUUUAGAUUGAAAACUCUGGAUAAUUGCCAAGUUUGAGUGUGAUGCAGUACACUAUAAUUAGGCUCUAUAAUUCCAUAUAGGUUUUAGUGCAGUUUUGUAUAUAAGCAGCUUAUUGUUGAGUGACAGUUUGGAAUUUCGGCUGAAGAACCAAAAUAAGUUUCACCAUUUGAAACCUAAGUCUUUACGCUUUUCAAAUGUAUGUGGUUUCCAGAAUAUAGAAGAUAAAGCAUUUGUCGCAUUAUGCUUCUUAAUGAAAAAGUGCCUUGCCGAGAGGUAUGAUUCAGUUUUAGUUUGAAAAAAAGGCCCUCAUGCCAUACUCGAUUAAAAGCUUGCGAAAUAUCUAUAAAUGCCGCAGUGCAAUAUUUCUUACCAUCUAUCGCACUAUGGAUAUUUCUGACAAGUCUAUGAAUUUGUUCUGUUGUGCUAUGUUUUCGGCGAGAACCGAAUUGAUGACUAAUUAAUAAAAAUUAAAACUGAAGUUGUGUGGAGCAAAUAGAAAAUAAGAUGCAACUAAGUAGGAAUUCAUUACGAAUGAAAUAAGUAAUAUAAUUAUAUUAAACAUAAAUUAUUUUAUAACUGUACUUUUCGAAAUUGUAAUAUAUUGUAAAUAUGUAUUUACAAAUUAAAUUUUUCAAACUAUAUAAACAACUUUUAAUUAUGCAAUAUAAUAGGAGACGUGGUGGAGGGGCUCAGUAUGUAUAAUGAUCCUGAGAGCGACGCCGGUGGUAGCUACUGACAGCGUCUUUCUUGCCGGUAAGGUCGUAGAUUCAAAUAUCGAAGAAAAUCUGUCUUCAUGGAGUUAUCGAAUAAGCUUCGAAAAUCUCCCUGCACAAGCUGCAGCUGGUACAAUGGAUGUUAAGGUGCCAAAUGCACACUGAAAUAUCAACACAAUGAAUAAAACCUCAACAAUAGAUCAAAAACUGCACUUAAACCGCAAUAACAACUCUUAUUGUUCCUGAAGAAACACUAUCGGAAUGAAGCGAUCGAUUCGAAUUGCAUCCUAGAAUGUACGGACUUUAUAUGAAAGUUGAAAAUUUACAGAACUUCGAAAUGAGGUGUCUAACUAUAAAUUUAAUAUUCCUGCCAUCCAAGAGACUAGAUCCAAUGACAGCGGAGUAAUACGUGAUCAUAACAUGGAAUUUAUUUACUCAGUUAGACUAGAAAUCGAACAUUAUAUGGAAAGGGUGGCAAUUCUUAUUUCUAAAGAAGUAUCUAAAACUCUUAUUGAAUGGUUGCCAAUAAACGAGAUUAUAAUAAAAAUUAAAACCAAAGCUCACAGGCUUGUUUUGAUAAACUGACCUGAUCUGAUAAAAAACUGUGAGAUCAGAAUUUGAUGUAUGUUUGUUUCCGUUUACAUAACUUCUUGAAUAUUGAUCUUUUUGUUAGAGAUCAAAGUUAGUUUACAACUAAACAUUCUUUAAAGUUGCAUAUUUAAAAUUUUUGGUUUUAAACAAAAUUUUGGAAUUUCAGGAUUAAAUUUACAAAAAUAUUGCUUGCACGAAAUAAGUUGUGAGGAACGUCCCUAUAACAAGAGCGAUACAUAAACAAGAACAACGGUACCUCGGCAUAGACUUGACUGUUUUGGUAAUAGAUUAUUUAAAAAAAAAUUUAAUGAAAAGAAUUUAUUAAUUUAAGGCAAUCAUUAUCCUUCUGGUUUUAUUAAGUUAUGUAUAAUAAAAUACUUACAUCAUUUUUCAAACUAAGUUGCUAUUAAUAUUUUUAUACAAAUAAAUAAAUAAUAGAUUAAAA